UCGGUGCGUUCGAUUCAGUUACAUAGUCCGGGGCUUUGUUUCCAAGUUUGCCGAGUGCGGAAAAGUGCUUCCUUGUGAAUUCAUCAUGUUCAGUAAAUAUGUGACAGUGUUUGUGGCGGUGGCUCUUAUUGGGCUGGAAUGUGCCUAUGCUCAGAGCAACUGGCACCGCCAAAACGAGACCGGCAAUGAACCGAACGCCAGCGAGCGAGCUCAACGGCUGGGAUUAACGACCGGUUAUGGGGGCAUCAACGGGUACGGUUAUUCCAGUUCCGGCAUCGGAGGCUACUCGCCGCUGAAGAUCGACCUGGGUGGCGUGGUCCUGGGAACACUGGUCGGCAUCGGUGCCCUGCUGAUCCUGCCCAAGCUGGUGACGGCUUUCGGGGGCAACUAUGGUCACUACCGGAGCGUCGACUCGGACAUGACCGGGCUUACCGAGAUGCUGAACAAGGUGGACGAUGUGCUGGCCCAGAACAACAUCGAUUCGGCCGCUUGCAUGCAGAAGGCCAUCUGCAGCUACAUCCGGUCUUCGGACUACCACAUGCAGGUCGGAACGGCCGACCAGAUUGAGCACAUGAUCCUGGCUGUUUCGGAGAACUCACUGGUGGACUACAUGCUGGACGGAACCGCGAUCAAGGAAGCCAUCAACAAUGGAAAGAAGCAAACGGCCCGCAGCUGUGACGAACUGUACAAAUCUUGUCCCCUGGAUCGAAAAUCAGCUCUGCAGGUGUUCAAGAAGAUGUUCCCACUGGGCGGAAACUGAGAGCAAAGAUGACAAAUGUCGAACGCAGUGGUGUUCAAGCCAAUAUUUUUCCCUUUUACCUACUUUGGACUCACGCUUUCCUCCAAACAAUGACUCCCUGAACUAAAACCUUCGGUGGAAGAUGAAAAUCCUUCAGCUGAUCGUUAUGUGCCGUAUGUAGUGAGCAAACGUUUUGCACAAGAAAUUGAAACAUAAUCAAACAUGGAUGUUUUAACAACCUCGUCAUACUUUCCACCACUCUUAAUUUCCAAACUAUAAGGUUUGAAUGCAUUGAAAAAAAAAUCUCAAAAUCAGCACGCAGAUGUCCUCAAAAUGUUCUGAUACGAAGCUAUGAAAACAUCUGAAAAAUAUACACCCGACAGUAGUUAAGUCAACCCGAUUCCAACAGGUCGGUGAGUCAUCCACCGAUCAGGAUCGUCCACCUGCGUAUCUAGCUGUCUGGACAAAACGGUAGUAAUUUAUCUCUCAUUUAGAAAACAACUCGCCCAACUAAAGCGCCAAGCAAAAAUCUAGCGCUGUGAUCCUCCAUCCAAAAAAAAAAUCAUCUCUAGGUAUGCAGGUAUUCGAUUCCAUAAACUACUGAAGCUAGGAGGAGGACAACAACAACAACAACAAAAUUAUACCAGUAGAAGUAUCUAUUUUGGGAUCACAUUCCACCGAGUGUUUUUCUCUGCCAGUACAGCGUCGUCGUGACCUCCUCCGGCUUAGAUGAAGGAAAGUCGGGCAAAAUUUCCAUGCAAAACAUCAGCAAACAAACAAAAAAAAACAUCCGUUUCGUAUGUCAUGUACAUUUGCAGCAAUAAGUUAUACCGGAAUGAAGGCAAUUUUUCAAUGAUACUUUUAAUCGACGCAAAAAAAUGAACGGAACUGAUACCGGAAAGGGGAGAAAAACACCCGAUUUAAACAUCAACAACCAUCGGAAAAUUGUAAACAAAACUCUGCCAAAAUGAGUGAAAAUUGUUUAUCUUAAAAUCCAUGCAAUGAAUAAAAAUAUAAACAAUUUAUUUGAUUGAAAACGAGUUUCCAAUGCUUCGUUUAGAAAAGGUUUGGCUUUUCAAAAAAUCUCACGCGAUAUAAGUGCACCUCGUAUUUUUAAAAUUUUGCAAAUGGAAUCAUAAAUUACCGAAAACAUUUACUAAAAUCAACCAAAAAAAGCGAAUACAAUCCUUAAACUUAUAUGAAGGGGACAAAUUAUUAUUUUAAUCGAGUAACUUUUAAGAAGAGUGAAGGCAGUGCAUGGAU